AUGAGGCCUUUUGAAUCAAGAAAGCCAACAAUAACUGGAGUUCUAGAGGCACUAAAAGAUCCUAAUAUCACUAGGAUUGGAAUUCACGGUAUGGGAGGUGUUGGGAAAACCAUGCUAGUCAAAGAAGUUCUAAAACAAGCUGAGAAAGACAAGUUGUUUGACGAGUACCUUUUUUUAGUUGUAUCCAAUGAUCCAGACUUGAAAAGGAUUCAAAGGGAAAUUGCGGAGCAAUUAGAUCUAAAACUUGAGGUGGAGAGUGAACUAGUAAGAAGAGAUCAACUACGUAAGCGAUUGAAACAAGAGAAUAGGGUCCUUGUAAUUUUGGAUGACAUUUGGAAGUACCUGGACUUGGAAGCUCUUGGGAUUUUUUCCUUUGGAGAUGAUAAUAAGGGGUGCAAGUUAUUGUUGACGUCCAGAUUUUAUAAUGUAGUAUGCAAAGAUAUGGAUACCCAAAAGCAGUUCGAAGUCAAAGUUUUCUUAAACGAUGAAGCGAGAAACUUGUUUGAGAAGAUAGGUGGUGAUUUAGCUAAAACCUCUGAAAUUAAACCAACUAUGCUUCAAAUUGUCGAAGAAUGA